AUGCCGGUUCUUCUAGGAUCAUGGUUCUUUCUAGAUUGGAUCGGACGCCGCACUCUCUACCUCGCCGGACUCACAGGAAUGUUCGUGACCUUGGCUGUGAUCGGCGCCUUGGGAGCUUGCAAGCAAGGGAGCGGUGUCAGCUGGGCUAUCGGAUGCCUACUGCUCGUACUAGCGCUAAUAUACGAUAUCACUGUUGGCCCGGUUUGCUUCGCCAUUGUUUCGGAGGUGCCUGCCACUCGCUUGAAGAUGAUGUCCAUGGGAAUCACCCGUAACUUCUACAAUUUGUUUUUCAUCAUCACUAACAUCCUCGUUCCUCGGAUGAUCAGCGCGCAGUCUUGGAACUGGGGUGCUAAGGCCGGAUUCUUUUGGGCUGGAUCAUGCGUGAUAUUGGCUACGUGGACAUAUUUCCGCCUUCAUGAAACUGCCGGAAGGUCAUUCGCCGAGAUCGAUCUUCUCUUCGAGCAUCAAGUCCCCGCUCGGGACUUCGCAAAGACAGACGUCAGUCAAUUCUCAUUUGAGUUAGACAAUGUUAAGGAAGUUCAAACAGAGCAAGUUGAGAGUGUCUGA